AUGAAUGACUUUGAGAAAGAGAUGAAUGCUGCGUUGGGUCUGUCACCAACAGAAACCCGUGCUCAGCAGUCUAAGCAGCAAAACAUUGCCGAUCCUACUCAAUCCUCGCAAAGUGCUAGGCCUACUGAGCCUACUGAGCCCAUUGAGCCCACUGGUUCUGCCAUAGAAACCAUCGAACCUUCAGCAGAGACGGAUAGUUUGCAGCCACCGUCGAGGCAGGAAUCGAUAAUUUCAGCCGAUGCAGUUAAUGCCAAAAUGCACCUCACAUCUUUGCCUUUGGGAGAUAUACCAGAUCCCGAGAAUGAAAUUUCAAUCUCACCAGCUGAGCAUACCGAUGACUCUGUUUCUUCCCAAGCAGCAGAUCUACCAAGCCAUUAUGGAGAAGGAGCAGGACCAUCUCACAUCACAAUUCCCUCAAUUCGUGCCGUGCCUGAAGAAGAUACAAAGCCUCCUGCUCCGCCAAAGGACACCUCGGUCGAAGAGCCCGAGUCUAUUGACUUGCCGCCAGUGCCGCCAAAGAGUGUCACACUUGAAUCUGGCCUUCUUGAAGAUCGAUACUAUCAGAAGCCUCAAGAGAGUCUAGCCCCUCCGCACUCAAGCCAUACUCCACGUCAACCAUCCGUCUCGACACUUGGAGAGGAAGAUAAAUCUGGAGCUCACUCCUCUUCUGAAGAUGACACACCACCUUCACCUAUCCAAGCAGCUACUGGGGUUACCAAUGACCCUCGCCCUGAAGACACCAUAUAUGGCAAGCCCAUUCCACCAGCAGGCUUUUCUCAAACGUCGCUUCCACCAGGGGAGUCUGCAGUUCCGGGAUUCGCCCCCUAUCCACCGAGACCCCCCAGCCCGCAAGAAAUCCUCGAGUCCAAACGCAGGUCCAUCAGUGGACUUCCACCAUCUACACCCGGCGUACAAAGCCCGCUAAGGAAUGAAGUGAGGUAUUCACCGGGAACCCGGAGCAGCAUGUUAAGCUUCGGCAGCUUCGGCCGCCAGAGUACCGGGAACAGCAGAGGAGGAACCCGUCCGAACACACCGGGCAAUGAUUUGUCACAGCAAGAUUCAUCGGGUUCCGGUGCGCAAAACCGUGAUUCCAAGAUGGACAAGUUGAAAAGUUUUGGACGGCGACGCCGAGCUUCGGUCGGUAACCUCCUGACUGGGCUGCAAGGCGAGCUCCAGGGAGGUAUCCAGGGAAAUCAAGAAAAAUCUCAAAAGAAACGCGGCUUCAGUCGCAUCAGUGGUUUUUUUACUCGUCAGCAAGAGCAACCAGCCAGCCAGCCUGAGGAGCGCAGAAAAACGAUGCACGAUCCUUUCGACGUAAAGGACCUACCGACGCCGCCCUUUAACUGGGAUAGCCGUCGUAUCUCUGCAGAGUUGAAUGGACCGUCUUUGACCAACCGCCGCUCUAUGGAUAAGGCCCUCCCAGUGCCACCGACCCAUGAGAAUGAAAGAGGCAUGGCACGUUCGUCACUUGAUCGCCCACGAGCGAGCAUCUCUGGCCCACCCACCGCAUCAUCGAAUCCAAUGGGUGGCAAUCGGUUUUAUUCUCAGCUUAUGUCUGGAGAAACCCAGAAUACUCCUCAACAUACUCGGUCCCAGAGUCAGCCUUUUAUGAUAAGCCACCCUCUCUCCCCGGUGGCCCCGUCAAUAUCAGAAAAUAGCAGUUCACCCCCAUCGGCUUCUAUGGAUGAACUUGAAGAGAAAUCGCCAGAGUGGGAAUCGUCACCUCCAGUGCCCUCAAAGUCGCCGGUGUCUGAACCAGACCAGACACAUACGCCAUCUCAAGCGCCAGAGCCCGAACACGAGCUAGAACAAACAUCCACGUCAAACCUAGCUCCCAGUCCCAGCGUGCAAUCCUACAAAUCCACCGGGUCCGACUUCGAAUCCACCACCGUUAUCGCAAAAAAUAACGAACCCAAAAACAUUGUCGUCUCCGGCACGUCCACUACUUUCUCGCAUCCUACCCGCGAGCGCGAGGCGCGUACUCUCAAUGAUACCGCUGAGCCGAUCGAAUUGGCUCUUACUCGAGACGACUCGAGCGAGGAGAUCAUCAUGUCUCCGACGGCGUAUCCAGGGCAGGAGUGGACGCCGAUGAAUUAUUAG